GUGGAAGAGCUUCGUAUGGACGCCAGCAGCAAAGGACUCGCGUGGCUGCAAGAGAAGGUGGCGAGUAUGAAACAGGAUGACUUGCAGAAGGUUGCAGCAGCUUGUGGUGUGUCUACGCGCGGACAAGAUGGUUCAAAGGUGGGACUGGCUGAGCUGCGCAAUGCCCUCGUGGAGCAUUUUGCACCGCAGGAUGAUGAUGUGGAUGCAUUGAAAGCUAGACUAGAGCAGCUUCGUAUGGGUGGCCGUCGGGAAGGCGUGAAGUGGCUUCGAAAGGUUGUUGGUGAGAUGGAAGAGCAUGCGCUGCGGUCCCUGAGCGCAGCGGCUGGCUUGGGGCUGGUGGAUGGCAGCGGAAAGUCGCUUUCUGGCGCCAAAGUUCGGGCAUCGUUGGUGAAGUAUCUGGCUCCUGAGGUGUCGCAAUGCUGUGAGAGCGACGCAGCACUUGGCACGGAAUUGUUGAGGCAAACAGUGGCGUCGAAGGAGCACAGGACAAGGCUACUGUCGAUUUUGUCCGGCAAAUCAUUGUCCACUGUUGAAGGAUUGCAUUUGAGUGACGAGCACUUAUGCUCGCAUGCUGUGGAUGCCACGUUGCCUGUGCUGGCUGCCAUCGAAGAUGCCAAGUCGCGCAUGCCGGUUGCACCACCCAAGGACUUGCUGGAU